CGUCUAUAUGCUAUUUAGAUAUGAAGCAGGUGGAUUUUCAAGGAAACUGCUCGGUAUAAAAGCUGAUGUAGUUCAGAGUCAACUCAUUCUGAAGUCAUUCAGUGAAACAACAUGGCCGCUAAACUCAUUCUUUUCGUCUGCGCCAUCGCCCUCGUGGCCCAGUCCGUUUUGGGCACCGGUUGCGGCUGCGGCUGUAGAGGUUGUGGCUGCGGUUGUGGAGGUUGUGGCUCUGGAUGCUGUGAGCGUUUCUGUGUCUGUUCCAACUCUGCUGCUCCUACUGGUCUAAGUAUAUGUUCCGAGAACAGGUACAAUGGUGAUGUCUGUGUCUGCGGUGAAGUGCCUUUCCUUGGUACUGCCGAUGUCUGCGGCGACAUGUGCAGCUCGGGUUGUGGUUGUAUCGACUACGGCUGCGGAGACGAUUGCAUCGGAAUCACCCAAAGCUGUGGCGGGUGCGGAUGUGGCUGCGGAGGCUGCGGUGGAUGUGGGUGUGGAGGCUGCGGUGGAUGUGGCUGCGGAGGCUGCGGUGGAUGUGGAUGUAGGUGUGGAGGCUGCGGUGGAUGCGGAUGCGGCUGUGGAGGUUGUGGAGGAUGCAGAUGCGGCUGUGGAGGCUGCGGUUGCUGCUGAGGAUGUGGUGUCAAACGUUCAUGUUGUGGCGUCUACUAAAAAGCUCAUUGAGUUAUGUAUUAUUGAAAAAAUCAAUAAAAACCCACAUUUACUAAUU